AUGGCUCCUGGUUCUGGGUCAGAGACGCUCGAAAUGACCUCUCACCAGCAAAAAGCCGAAUAUGACCUCAGCGCUGCACCUGUGGACGUCGACACAGAGCGCAACGAACACAAUGGCUUCAAGUCGACUUCGGCGGAUGUCGCCAAUAUGCUGCGGAUGGGAAAGGAGCAACAGCUUGUUCGACGAUUCCGGGUAUUAUCGAUGGCUUCAUUCGUCGCCGUCGCCACGGCUACGUGGGAGUUUGCCCUCUUCAAUGUCACAGCGGCCCUGACCAACGGCGGCCGGCCAGCACUGAUCUACGGCAUUCUGUGGAACGUCGUUGGGUUUUGUCCAAUUUACCUCAGUAUGGCGGAGUUGUCGAGCAUGGCACCAAUCGCCGGAGCCCAGUAUCACUGGGUCAGCGAGUUCUCUCCAGAGAGCCUGCAAAGAAGUCUUAGUUAUCUUACCGGAUGGACUUCUACGCUUGCAUGGCAAGCGGGAAAUGCAGCCGGCGUCUUCCUUGUCGGGUCGAUAGUUCAGAUUCUGAUUUCCCUUCACAACGAGGCAUAUACGUUUCCGCAAUGGCACACGACGCUCCUUGCCAUCGCGGCAGUCACAGUCGCCUAUAUCGGAAACACCCUUGGUGCCAAGUUCCUACACAUGUGGCAGAAUGUGGUUUUCAGUCUCCAUGUGCUGGUCUACCUAGGAAUUCUCAUCCCAAUCUGGGUGAACGCACCCCGGGCCCCAUCUUCCAAUGUUUGGGCAAACUUCACGUUCGAUGGAGGCUGGCCCAGCAACGGCGUCGCCGUGCUUAUCGGGCAACAAACUGCGAUGUUUGCCCAGCUAGGUCUUGAUACACAAUGCAUAACGCUAACCCCCUCACUGGCUGCUCAUAUGUCUGAAGAAGUCAAGAAUGCUUCCAAAGCAGUUCCAAAGGCGAUGAUCGCCAUCUGGCUGGUGAACUCAGUUUUAGCGUUCACCACCUUUCUCACAGUCGCCUACCAUCUUCCAGAUAUAAACGCAGGUCUCAAUGAUCCUACCCUGUACCCCAUUAUCCAUAUCCUCCGACAAUCCAUGUCAAAGGAGUGGAUGACAGUAGUUCUCACGUUCGUGCUCUGCCUUUUGGUUUGCUCCAAUAUGACUUAUCUUGCUGCGGUCACGCGAGAUAUUUGGGCCUUUGCACGAGACCAAGGUUUCCCCUUCUCCGACUGGAUAUCGAGAGUCGACAGCAAGAGUCACAUUCCCAGAAAUGCGAUCUCUGUCACCAGCGCCGUCAGCAUCGCCCUCAGCUUGAUUUACAUCGGCAGCCCCGUCGCGUUCUAUGCCAUGACCUCGCUUCUCACUGUGGCUUUACUCCAAUGUUAUUGCCUCAGCAUCGGAUGCAUACUAUGGCGUCGUAUUGUCCGCCCUGAAACGCUCCCACCAGCCACAUUCCCCUUAGGUAAAAUGGGUGUUCCGAUCAACAUUGCUGCCGUGCUCUAUGCAUUAUUCGCAUUCUUUUGGGCAUUUUGGCCGACAUUCUACGACGUGACCGCGAAGAAUUUCAAUUGGGCUUCGGCAAUCUUUAUGGGGGCUUUGGUCAUCGCGGGAAUUCAUUUCGUAUUCGUGGCGCGCCACAAAUACUUUGGUCCUGUCGCGCAUGUCCAAGGCCGAAACAUUCGGACAAAAUUGAAGUGA